UGUCUUAGAGACAUAAUUGUUAUUAUACUUUGAAAGAAAAAGUGCUGACUGAAAGAAUGGACUCCAGAAACUUCACUACAGGAAUAGUGAUCUCACUUCAAAGUACACUGGGAAUUCUGGGAAAUGUAUGUUUUCUUUUCCACUAUCUACUCAUUUCCUACCGUGGACACACAUUAAAGACUGUAGACUUAAUUCUUACACAUGUGUUCACAGCAAAUUCCUUAAUCAUUCUCUCCAGAGGAGUGCCCCAGAUAAUGAGAGCUUUUGAAUGGAAACGGUUCUUCAAUGAUGUUGAAUGCAAACUUAUUUUCUAUGUUCACAGACUUGGCAGGAGCAUGUCCAUCACCUCUACCUGCCUCUUGAGUGUCUUCCAGGCCAUUACCAUCAGUCCUAAUGUCUCCUAUUGUAAAGAUCUUAAAGUCAAAUUACCAAAGUAUGUUCACCUCUCUAUUUCCUUCCUCUGGAUCCUGUACAUGAUAGUGAAUAUGGUUUUCCCCAUGUAUUCAGCUACUAAAAUUAAUAGCAAAAAUAAGACAAAAAUGAGAGAUUUUGAAUUUUGUGCCUCUCUCAGUCGUAACAAAAUAGUAGAUUCACUGUACACAGCAUUUUGGGUGUUCCCUGAAGUCUUAUUUUCUACACUCAUUGUAUGUUCCAGCAUCUCCAUGAUUGUCAUACUUUAUGGACACAAGAAGAGGGUUCAGUACAUUUUCAGCACUCAGGCCUCCACCAGAUUUUCUCCUGAAUCCAGAGCCACACAGCACAUCCUGGUCUUGGUUUGCACCUUUCUAGCUUUUUACACCAUCUCCUCAAUUGUACAAGGCUAUAUGGCUCUUUCUCAUAAUUCUACUUCAUGGCUAAUGAAUAUCACAGCUAUCAUUUCUAUGUGUUUUCCUACUUUAUGCCCUUUUGUCAUGAGUUAUGAUUCCACUGUUUCAAGGUUUUACCUUUUUUGGAUAAGGAAUAUAAUGAUGAAAUAA